AAAGAAGAAGAAGAAAAAAGGCAAAUUCAAAAUGGUUGAUGGUAAUAUUGACAGCAAGAGAGGACGGGUGUGAAAAGGAAACAAGUAAAACCACACAAUACAACAAAAAGUAAGUCAAAGCAGGACAAUGCAGAAGAGAGAGACCAUGUUGGUUUAGCUCAGCAGCCAUGAGAACCAACUUUCUUCGUGCUCUUCUAAUCCUUGUCUUCCUGAAAACAGGCAAAUCAAAAAGUGAAGUAUCUAUCAGACACAUUCGAGAUGAAGAUCACCAGAACAUUACAUGUGUCCUUACAGGGGAAGAGAAUAUGAUUCAGAUCAACUGGGAGAUGCAAAGAGGCCCAAAUCGCACAAAACUGGGCAUGUUCCAUCCAAAUUUUGGGAUUCACAUAUCGUAUGAUAAUAAGAAGGAAGUAAAUAUCAAGGGUAAAUCACCUCCACAUCCAUUAUCAUCCCUGCUCAUUAAAUUGGCCUCAAAUGAGAGUGUGCAAAUCUGUUGUGCGUUCAUAACCUUUCCUUCGGGUAAACUGGAGCGGUGCACAAAUAUCAGUAAGAAAGAUGCCAAUCACUCCAUGAUAAAAGAUUUUACUUAUGUACAAACAGAACUGGGACUGGGAUUAUUUGGACGUUUAGGUGCUAUGAUCAUUGGCUCUAUUCUUUCCCUUUUUAUCUUGGCAAUCCUAUUCUAUUUAUGCAGAAAGAACAACUGUAAGAGGGGGCAGUCCUUUGAAAUAUGCAUGUACCCAACGGACUUACCAGCCGAGACAUUUGCAGAAGAAUCAAAUGAUGCACCAACUCCUCAAAGUUCUCCAAAUGGUUUUGACCCCUCUAAACUUUAUGCCAAGAUUAAAGAAGACCUUUUCUACGGCCGGUUGUGGAAGUCUUACCAAGGCCAACCUAAUAAGGCAUGGACUCAAGGUACCAUGACAGAUAAGGGACAUGUUUAUUAUCAGCUUGGACAAAGUCUUUUACCACAGAGAAAUGUGGAGGGCAGCACCUUGGGGCCAGACACACCAAAAUGAUUAUCUUUAA